UUUUUUCUUAUAAUUUUGUACAUAAAUUAGCAAAACUUAGUUUUGUUUCCAAGGGAAAAAACCAAAAAAAUAUAUCUUACAAACAAAAUAAGGGUGCAAAACGUAUAAGAAAAUAAAAGAAUGGGAUCAAAGUGGAAUAAAAGAAUAUUAGGGCGUCGGUGACGUGAAGCUUCGCUGCUGGGAGAAAAAAGCUCACAUGCGUAUUAUCUCAGUCUCAGCUAUAUUUAGAACAACAACACAUGUCUGAACACAUUACAGUUCCUAUAUCUGUUUCGAAUUCAAAUCUCCUGUCCUUUUUUCAUAUAUAAUAAUUCAUCAUAAAUAUUUAUUGAUUUGAUUCUAUCUCUUAUAUAUAUUUUCGAUCUCUCCUGAAAAGAGAAAAAAGUUGGAAACUUCGACGAAUGUGUUUAUAAAUCUUUUUAUUUUCUAUCUGUCUUGAUUUAGUUUUAUCUUUUUUGGAAUCGGUCUGAAGUUGGACAAAAGAAUCCGCCAUUUUCUCCUCGGUCUCUCUGCUCUUCUCUUCAGUAUCGGAUCUGGGUCUCCUUCGCUUUCGUUUCAAGGUAACACAAAAAAAACUUCAAAUUCUUUUCUCUUUUAUUCACACCAUUUUCGCUUUCUUUUUCCUUUUUCUUCUUUAAUCUUUGUGACUGUUCUAUAUCAAUCUUCAUUUAACAUUUGCAUUCUCAUCACUUAUCAGUAUUUUCUGAUAUCCAAUUUCUGGGUUUUCGAAUUCGAUUCGAUAAGAAUAUUUAUUUCAUUUUUUUUUUUAAUGUAGUAGUAUAUGUUUUUUCCCCAAAGUCACGGCAUUGGAAAAAAGGAAAAACACAGCUGUUCCUUGCUUCAAGCCCGAGAUUAAGCAAAAAUAAUUACUAUUUCUUUCUUUUAAAAAAAUAUUCGAAUCAACGCACUAUAUAAAAUUACCUACUUUUGACAGUAUCUGAAUUAAACAUCAACCAAACUUCAAACUCUCUCCUCUGUAAUCCAUUCUUUUUGUAUUCCCAACCACGUGAUUUUUUGAUUCGAUUAUUUUGGGAGACGAGGAGGCGUUAGCUGUAAUUCAUUGUAUACUUGCUUUGGCUAUUAAAGCCGUCACACAAAAAAAGUAAAAGCAACACACACACAUAAAUAGACACACUUUUUUACGUAUAUGUGUGUCUUCUUUCGUCUCUGUUGGGAAUAGAUCUUGUCCUAAGAGAUCACUUCGAGUCUGAUCUAAAGUGAGAAACUUUGGUUCUUGUUUUGGUUUUUGGAAUCUUGUCUAAUCUGGGGAGAUAAUGGGAAUGAGUCUCGAUUUCGAUGUUGAUCUUGAGAAAGGAAUCAUAGAUUGCGACAAUGUUUAUACAAAAUCACCGGAGAAGCCGAUGUCUCCUGAUAACAAACCGGUAAUAACCGGAGAAGAAAGUGUUGGUUCGUUAGAGAAUGAUACAAGUCCGGUUCAAUGUGGAAUCAAUAAACCGGGAUGGGGGAGAAGCGAUCGGAAGGAGAAACGGAAGAAAUCUGCGUCGAAGCCUCCUCGACCGCCGCGUGGACCGUCGCUAGACGCGGCGGAUCAGAAACUUAUUAGAGAGAUCGCUGAAUUGGCGAUGUUGAAACGCGCGAGAAUCGAACGUAUGAGAGCUUUGAAGAAAUCAAGAGCGGCUAAAGCUGCGUCUGCCGCUUCUUCUUUAGGCAAUGUAUUGGCCACUCUUUUCACCGCUAUUUUCUUCUUUGUCCUCGUUUUCCAAGGAUUGUCACCGAGAGCAGCCGGUAGCUCCGGGAAAUCUCACUUAGUAGUCGCCGGCAAAGCCAAUGGUGGUUUUGUUUCGGUUCAAUAUGCGGGAAAUCCGUCGGCGAGCGAACCGGAUGGAGGUUAUACCGGACCAGUUUUAGCACAGAGACCAAAUUUACUAAAACCGGUGUCCGGUUUGGAGAAUGAAAAGAAGAGUUCACAGUGAAAGCGUAACGAAAUGGUUAAGAAUUGGACAGUUCCAUACUGGUUUGCUCAAACCAUUUAUCGGUUUAGAUUGUCGGUGAGACAUGUACCGAUAAACUUUUUGGGAAAAUCGGCUGCUUUCUCUGCGGCUGUGAAACGAUAAUAUUAUCCGAUGUGGGUAAGAAAGUAGUUUUGUGUCAGUUUUUUCUUGAAUAAACUGAGAGAAGUUUACAAAUAAUAAAAAUCAGUGUUAUAUUAUUCAAGUUAUCACGUUACUCUUAUCUCUUCUUAUAUGUACAAUAAUACAAACUGAGAUCUUUUUAGUAGAUUGUUGCAAAACUGUAUCCAAAUUUUGACGAAAUUCAAAGAUUCAAAAAUAAAAUACGAAACCAACAUUAUU